AUAUUUUUAGCAUUUUAAAAUAAAACUGCAGAUAUCUUUUUUGUGUGUAAAAUUUCUAUGCAGAACAUGCGUUUAUCUAUUUUUCAUUUGAACUCAUUAAUAUAUGAUAAUUUUUCUAUUUUGUUAAAUGACAAUGCAACUUCUGGACGGGAAGAAUAUAAUUUCGUAAUACAUUCAGUUAUAAUUUCUAGAAUGGCGAGGAAGAGAAUGCCCGUAUUGCAAAAUUUCUCGGAGUACCUGCGGCAGUUGAUGCUGAACUUAUUGAGACAAUAAAUGAAAAAUGUCAGUUUAAAAGUAUGAAGGAGGGAAAGAUGUAAAGUCCGGAACUCGCAAAGAAAAUGUUUGUUGAUCCUUCAAAGUUCGAUAUCUAUAGAAAAAGUACGAUGACUUCGGCAGCAGAGGGCCAGCGCAUAUAUGUUCUGAAUGUAGGAACGCAGAAGGAACUUGAACACCCAUGAAAUAACACACAGCAGGGCACUACUGUUCACGUGUUGUUGUAAAUGCUAUUCAACUAGGCGGCUCCUACAUACGUAUAGACCAAUAAUUAGAUUGUGCAGUACUGUUGAAUCACCAAAGCACGAGAUCCGGCCCAUGCGACGUUGUGAUAUACAGGGGCUGUACGAGUUGACGACAGAAAACCAAUGGAACAUGGAAAAGGCCUACCUAGAGUGCGUGUUCAACACGGACCCCAGUGGUCUUGUUGUCGUGGUAACAGAGGAUGGAAAAGUCAUUGGUCACAACGGUAUCCUUGCCCACAGCGACACGAUUGCAUCUUCUGGGAUGAAUAUAGUGAAGGGGGAAUACAGAAAAUUCGGCAUUGGUAAAAAGCUGUUUCGCAAUGUCAUGGACGUCAUGAAAGACCGAAAUGUUGGUGGCACGUCACUGAGUAACAGGAUCACAUUUUAUGCUCAGUUUGGAUGGACCAUAAAAUCAUAUACAAUACAUUACAACGCUGGACCUGUAAAUCCGGAGUUUAUCAAAGAGCCACCAAGAGGUGAUUUCGAAAUAGUGCCUUUAUCAGAUGUUGAUAUAUCCGACUUCGUGGCGUAUGACUCAGAAUUACAUACAGUACCGCGGGCAGUUUUUAUAUGCAACUGGGCAACGUGGUCUAAGGCAAAUACGUAUGUUGCUCUAAGAAACGGGCGCGUCUGCGGAUACGGUGUUCUUAGACCAGCCGAUAUCGGGCAUAGAAUGUACCCGCUAUAUGCAGACGACAGUUGCAUUGCGCAUGCAUUGUUUUGUAAACUGGCAAGCUGUGUUCCCAACAAUGAGCCCGUAAUUUUUUCGCAGCCGAUUGAAAACGAGACGGCAAAUGAGUUUGUAUCAGCAAAUAAUUUUGUUACGUAUCUGUCGAUGACGAGGUUAUACAAUAAGUGGAAUAUCCCCGUCGAUUUAAGGAGAGUCUAUUCUGUAGCUUCUACUGAAUAUGGAAUCGUCUGAAAAUCGCUGACUGUUGUAUAAGUUCUCAUAAUGAAAAAUAUGAUACAGAAAUGGAUAAAAAUGGAAUUUUGAUAAGAAUAAAGAAUGUGUGCACUCAAAUCCGGAUGUUUGUGGAUCUGUGGUGUUGGUAGUAGUAAACGCAGUAAAUUCUCUUCAAUAGCUACAUUCUAUUUGACAGCAGGAAUUCAUACUAAAGUUUCAGAUAUUGUUGCAACCACAUGUUAAUACCAGAGAAGUAAUAGCAGAUUUUUUGUCAGAUUUUUAAUGUUUAAGAAUGCAUUUUAUCUUCUUGUAGUACACUUACGUCAUGUAUUUAUUUUACAGUUGUCUCCAAAAUGCACCAAUAGACAUGUAGACACUA